CGCUUUUGUCCAACGGAAGUUUGGAAUUUCAAGAUGGCGCUGGACGGAAUGGACCAUCAUGUAAGUGAUUUUUUGGUCUUUAUUAUGAAUUCUUCACACUUAGGGGAAUAUUGUAGGUACGGCAUUGAAUAGAGACACUUAACAAUGUGUUCUGUAAAGUUGGUACAUGUCAGAAGUUGAUAGAACCGUUUUGAAUAGACCAAAACGAUUGUCAAAAUAGAGAAUCCUGACGGUUUGCUGUCUCAUUGUAAACUAGCUAGCUAGUUAGCUACUUUUAGCAAGCUAGAUAGCUCGCUUUUAGUUUUCUAGCUAACGUUAACUCAUCUAAUUGAUCAUUGUUUCAGUGACAUUCCUUAUAUUUGUGACUAUAAAUAACUCAGUAGAAGUUAGGUAAAAUUGACAAAAUUAUUGCUAGUUAGCUAGCUAGCACCCUAACGCGUUAACUUCUUUAGGAAAUAUACAUUUAAAGACUACGUUUUGUAGCUAGCUGACGUUAGCUAAAGAGCUGCCAGAAUGACACUUGUCAGUUAACUGUAGUUAUUAUAUUGCUGGCUAUAUUUCCAAGAGGAGUAUUUAGACAAUUCUAUGUUAGUUUUGCUAGAUAAUUAGGCAUGUACAGCUAGCUACAAGGCGUUAGUCACCUUAAUGUUAGAUAAUUAGCCAGCAAGUUAACGUUAGCUAGCUACAUUGUUUACUUGACAACAAAGAUCUCACUGUUAUUGAAUGUCUGUCUGUGUUUUGCAGAUGGAGAUGGAGGACAGUAAAUGUGGUUCUGGUCUCCGGCAAUACUACCUGUCUAAAAUAGAAGAAUUACAGGUAAGCAAACACAAGUUUUCAUUUAAUUGACUGUUAGCUACAUGUUGUCUAUUGACACCAUAGUGACACUGCUAAUAUCCUUUGUGAAGCUAAGAAAUAAAUGGUCUCUCUGCCUCCAGUUGACAGUGAAUGACAAGAGUCAGAAUCUCAGACGUCUACAGGCUCAGAGGAAUGAACUCAAUGCAAAAGGUAGGAAUGAUUGUUAGCUAUCCAGCACUUUCAAACAAAAUGGCACUCAGAAACAUGCACUUUAUGAAUUGGUAGUUAUUGUUAAAAAUCAAUUUGCUUUGUCCCCAGUGCGUCUCCUUCGUGAGGAGCUGCAGUUGCUACAGGAGCAAGGUUCCUAUGUUGGAGAGGUGGUGAGGGCCAUGGACAAAAAGAAAGUGCUGGUCAAGGUGUGUAUAGUAGCCUUCUUUUGCUGAAAUAUAGGCCUAACACAAACUUUUACGGUGGUAUACUGUAGCUGCAGCUAGAUGACACUGACAGUCUACUACUGUAACUACUUCAUUGUUUCCAGGUCCAUCCAGAGGGGAAAUUCGUGGUGGAUGUGGAUAAGAACAUUGACAUCAAUGAUGUAAGUAUGGACACGUUGUUGAUAUUUGACCCCAAUGUGGUGUGAACUUAAUGUUUAAAUGUACAAAGGUACAUGUAUCUGUGUACAUACAGAUUAUUAACACAUAACCAUAAUUGAACUAUAAUAUUUAUUUUGUUUUUGUCUAGUUGGUUUGGGUGUUAAGGGAAUAAAAUUCAGUUGGAAAACAAAUAUCCCCAUCCAAUUCAGGUGGCUGCACAGAAGGAAAAAAACAUGAAAACACAAUGAAAUUAAGAAUAAAUGCAACAAACUUCCUCAUUAUUCAGGACUGUAUCACACUGAUUAACCCCGCUGCCCAUUCCCACCAGGUGACUCCAAAUUGCCGUGUGGCGCUGCGCAACGACAGCUACACCCUGCACAAGAUUCUGCCCAACAAGGUAGACCCGCUGGUCUCCCUCAUGAUGGUGGAGAAGGUACCCGACUCCACCUAUGAGAUGAUUGGCGGCCUGGACAAGCAGAUCAAGGAGAUCAAGGAAGUGAUCGAGCUGCCAGUCAAGCACCCAGAGCUCUUCGAGGCCCUCGGCAUUGCGCAGCCCAAGGUGGGUGGCCCAAAAGGGAAAGCCCCUUAUUGGGUUCUUGGUUAAUUCACAGGUCAUAUCAACUGUAUAUGUUACCCAGUACCCACUAUGAGCUUAUAAGGUAAACUCAAUUACUUUUUGCAUUAGAGUUGACCUUAUAAGCUUAUAGAGUAGGCAACAUAUACUGUCUUAAAGGUAUACAACACUCCCAAAAUCAAACUUUUGUCAGACUUUUUCAUACCUUGUUGGGAGUGUCCUAAGUUAUUUUUCUGUCAAUGCUCCACAGCAUUUAUCACAUAUAAACCUCAGCAGUCUUGAUUCCCAGAAGGAACAGAAAAAAGUGACACCAGUUAAUUCUAGCACAAUAAAAUACAUCAUGACAUUUGAGAUGCACCUUGGGAUGUCUAACCUCCAUUGUUGUGUGUCUCGCCACCAGGGCGUGCUGCUGUACGGCCCCCCGGGCACAGGGAAGACCCUGCUGGCCAGAGCUGUGGCCCACCACACCGACUGCACCUUUAUCAGGGUGUCUGGCUCAGAGCUAGUGCAGAAGUUCAUUGGAGAGGGUGAGUCAUCAGCGGUCAUUCGGUCAGCCAUUUCGGUUACCAUUCGACAGGGUUCCCAAGCGUCUAGUAAUUCCGUAAUGUCAGGGGAUUUCCAGAAUCAGGGAGAUAUUUUGCUGCUUCCGUUCUCCAAAUAGCUGCUGUUUAGCCAGCUACAGCACGUUUAAGUGCAUUUCAGUCCAUUUUCAUGUAGCACUUAGUGAUAGUAGGCUAAAUGUCUCUCACCAUGCGAUUUGUAAAACAGAAGCUGUUAUUAUUAGUAUUUCGCUAAAAUCACACUGCUGGCUGUAACCCUGCUCUGUCUUCCCCAUCCCAGGUGCCCGCAUGGUGCGUGAGCUGUUCGUCAUGGCCCGUGAGCACGCGCCCUCCAUCAUCUUCAUGGACGAGAUUGACUCGAUCGGCUCGUCACGUCUGGAGGGGGGCAGCGGGGGCGACAGCGAGGUGCAGAGGACCAUGCUGGAGCUGCUGAACCAGCUGGAUGGCUUCGAGGCCACCAAGAACAUCAAGGUGGGUGACACGUACGUACACACAGAUACACCACUGUCUUCUUGAUUAUGCUUUAUAAUGUGGCCUACUCUACAAUAACACUCACUCUAUAUAACACCACACACCCUCUGUUUGCACCCUUAUUUACUUGUAUGCUAUCCCUCUGCUAUAACACUCUUGACACCACUUCCUCAGUGGCUUUUCUCCGCUGAUUGAUUUCUGUCACUCUCCUGUCGGUACUCUCUGACAACACUUUCUUUCCAUGCUCACCAUCAAUCACACUCUAGCUACUCUAUUGUCCUCUAUUCACUGUCCUCCCACCCACUCUAGCACUCUGCAACCUAUCAAUCUGUAUUUGCAUGUUCUCUGUGAUGCUAUAUUUUUUAAAUUAAGAUGAUUAUAACAUUUACAUUUUAGUCAUUUAGCAGACGCUCUUAUCCAGAGUGACAUACAGUUAGUGAGUGCAUAAAUUUUUUCAUACUGGCCCCCCGUAUAGUAGUUAGCAAUAAAUGCAGAUAAAGAAUAUAUUCAAUAUAUUCGGCGUGUUGAUCUCAGAAUAGGGGGUCUGGCCAAAAGUGUAUCAGCCAAUGAGCUAUAUAAGAGAGGUGCAAAAAAUCUUCUCCCUGUGUGAUCACUAACGUUGCCUUCCUUGGCAGCUGUGUCAUCACACACUCCACAUAACAAACUUAGUUCCUGACUGGGUAAUUUGCAAUGCAACUCGAGAUAUGCAAGUGUUCGAAAUAAUGCUUCGGUUAUAGUUGAUCAGAAGCACAUUAUAGUUGCAUGUAUGUUUCAAUAUCGCAAAUUAUUACACACAAAGUUAUUAACGUUAGCUAACUAGCUAGCUGAUGUUAGCAUCUGAGUUGGCAAGCUAACAUUUCCACCCGCCAAUGAAUAAUGGUGUAUGUUUCUCAUAUCGAAUUUGCGUCCUACAAAUAGAAAAUCAGAGUUCAGAGCGUGAUGUCACAUACUGUAUGUUGUGGACAUGUUAUAGUCACGGUAGUACCACUAUUACUUAUUGCAUGGCGCCCUCACCUAACAUGGGCAGACUAAAACAAGUCUUAUAAUAAUUAUUAUUAGUCUUCACUUAACAUCCAUUACCAUUUUAAACAUUUAUAUCACAUGUAAAUCUUAACAUCAACACUGAAGCUGCUAGUCAAUAUACCCUAGGAAAGGGGAGAGAACACGUAACGUGACCUUUCAAAAGAGACAGGUCAGGGAUGUCUAGUAACACCCCAUCACUUGUCCUGUUGAGCAAUUUCUUUUCAUUUUGUAUUUUUCCUGUUCAAAUUAAUACAACUUGAAUCACCGAAACAGACAGGUAGUCAGAGACAGCUGCGUGUAGCAUCAUUGUCAGCCUGACUAAGACCUUCAGAUAGUGCUGAGCGAUUAACCAAAAUGGUGGUUAUUUUUAAACAACUAAUGUCAGUUCAAUUAUUUUAAUUCUGUUUCUUUUUUUUCUUUUUCUGUGAGCUCAAUGCGCAGUUUCUCUAGAGAUAAAUCAGAUCAGGCCCGAACUGUGCGAUAUACACUGAACAAAAAUAUAAACGCAACAUGCAACAAUUUCAAGGAUUUUACUGAGUUACAGUUCACAUAAGGAAAUCAGUCAAUUGAAAUAAAUUAAUUAGGCGCUUAUCUAUGGAUUUCACAUGACUGGGAAUACAGAUAUGCAUCUGUUGGUCACAGAUACCUUAAGGUAGGGGCAUGGGUCAGAAAACCAGUCAGUAACUGGUGUGACCAUCAUUUGCCUCAUGCAACACAUCUCCUUCGCAUAGAAUUGAUCAGGCAGUUGAUUUUGGCCUGUAGAAUGUUGUCCCACUCCUUUUCAAUGGCUGUGCGAAGUUGCUGGUUAUUGGCGGGAACUGGAACACGCUGUUGUACACGUUGAUCCAGAGCAUCCAAAACAUGCUCAAUGGGUGACAUGUCUGCUGAGUAUGCAGGCCAUGGAAAAACGGGGACAUUUCAGCUUCCAGGAAUUGUGUACAGACAUGGGGCUAUGCAUUAUCAUACUGAAACAUGAGGUGAUGGCGGUGGAUGAAUGGCACGACAAUUGGCCUCAGGGUCUCGUCACGGUAUCUCUGUGCAUUCAAAUUGCCAUCGAUAAAAUGCAAUUGUGUUCAUUCUCCGUAGCUUAUGCCUGCCCAUACCAUAACCCCACCGCCACCAUGGGGCACUCUGUUCACAACGUUGACAUCAGCAAACCGCUCACCCACACAACGCCAUACACGCUGUCUGCCAUCUGCCCGGUACAGUUGAAACCGGGAUUCAUCCGUGAAGAGCACACUUCUCCAGCGUGCCAGUGGCCAUCGAAGGUGAGCAUUUGCCCACUGAAGUCAGAUACGACGCCGAACUGCAGUCAGGUCAAGAUCCUGGUGAGGACGACGAGCACGCAGAUGAGCUUCCCUGAGACGGUUUCUGACAGUUUGUGCAGAAAUUCUUCAGUUGUGCAAACCCACAAUUUCAUCAACUGUCCGGGUGGCUGGUCUCAGACGAUCCCGCAGGUGAAAAAGCCGGAUGUGGAGGUCCUGGGCUGGCGUGUUUACACGUGGUCUGUGGCUGUGAAUCUCUAAUAUGACGUUGGAGGUGGCUUAUGGUAGAGAAAUAAACAUUAAAUGAUCUGGCAACAGCUCUGGUGGACAUUCCUGCAAUCAGCAUGCCAAUUGUUGUGUAUUUGGUUUGCUAAUUUAGUAACUAGUUUGCCAUCCAGCUAAGUGGUUAGCGGCUUCCGAAAUCAAUAAUUUGUUUGGUAACAGCAGAGAAUCUCCUCCUGGAUCAAGAGCCUUGUUUUGCUAAUAUUAGUUUUGUGCGUGCAGCAAACUGUGAACAGCAUUUUUUAUUUACUUUUAUACUUGUAUAGUUUAGGUCAGAAGCUGUACAAAAUGUUAGCAAUGCGCUUGUUUGCAUUUAGUUGGUAUUCUCUAUGAGGAUUCCUUAGUACCUGUUAGCAUUUUGUUAGUAUUCUGGUAAGUGACGUGUUUUGAACUUUGAGUAUUAGUGCUUUUUAAAUAAAUACCUGCGGUCAACUUGUGCACUAGGUAAUAGAUAUAGCAGAUUGCGUUUAUCAUUUCGCCCGUUUAGAUAAUCUUUCAUUAUGGAGCUUACCGGUACUAUAUCAUUUCUCAAAACAGCUGUUUGAGCCAGCCACGUAUGUUUGUUAACAAAGAAGCACAACAAGCAAAGUGGGAGCUUCGUGAGGUGAGUCAUCUCGGCAGCGCAACUUAAGUGAGGUUAUCAAGUUACACUUGUAUGAAAUUCACUACUGUUUGCCAGCAAUAUAUCUUAUAAAUAUUAAGUUAACUUCUAAGAUGUGCCAAAUCAAUUCUCUCCAGCUGGGUUUUGCUAAUGUUAGCUAAGUGGCUAACGUUAGCUUGCAAGAUGAAGCAUCUUGGUAACAGCAGCAGAGACAAUCCCCUCCUGGAUUAAGUUAUUUGUUUUUGUGGUUGCUGCAAACUGCGUUUUGAGAUACUUGUAUAACUUUAUGAGCUGGGUUGUCUGUCCUAGUAGUAAAUGUUUGCAUGCGCUCGUUAGCAUUUACCUAGCAUCUGCUAUGAGAAUUCCUUAGUACACUGUGUGUGGACACCCCUUCAAAUUAGUGGAUUCGGCUAUUUCAGCCACACCCGUUGCUGACAGGUGUAUAAAAUCGAGCGCACUGCCAUGCAAUCUCCAUAGACAAACACUGGCAGUAGAAUGGCCUUACUGAAGAGCUCAGUGACUUUCAACGUUGCACCGUCAUAGGAUGCCACCUUUCCAACUAGUCAGUUCAUAAAAUGUCUGCCUUGCUAGACCUGCCCGGGGCAACUGUAAGUGCUGUUAUUGUGAUGUGGAAACGUCUAGGAGCAACAACCAGGGCUCAGCCGUGAAGUGGUAGGCCACAAAAGCUCACAGAACGGGACCACCGAGUGCUGAAGCGCGCAGUGUGUAAUAAUGGUCUAUCCUCUGUGGCAACACUCACUACCGAGUUCCAAACUGCCUCUGGAAGCAACGUCAGCACAAGAACUGUUCGUCGGGAGCUUCAUGAAAUGGGUUUCCAUGGCCGAGCAGCCGCUUACAUGCCUAAAGCUCGCCGCCAUUGGACUCUGGAGCAGUGGAAACACGUUCUCUGGAGUGAAGAAUCACGUUUCACCAUCUGGCAGUUCAACGGACAAAUCUGGAUUUGACGGAUGCGAGAAGAACACUACCUGCCCGACUGCAUAGUGCCAACUGUAUAGUUUGGUGAAGGAGAAAUAAUUGUCUGGGGCUGUUUUUCAUGGUUUGGGCUAGGCCCCUUAGUUCCAGUGAAGGGAAAUCUUAACAAUACAGCAUUUAAUGACAUUCUAGACGAUUCUGUGCUUCCAACUUUGUGGCAACAGUUUGGGGAAGGCCCUUUCCUGUUUCAGCAUGACAAUGCCCCCGUGCACAAAGCGAGGUCCAUACAGAAAUGGUUUGUCGAGAUAGGUGUGGAAUAACUUGACUGGCCUGCACAGAGCCCUGACCUCAACCCCAUCGAACACCUUUGGGAUGAAUUGGAACGCCGACUGCGAAACAGGACUAAUCGGCCAACCUCAGUGCCCGACCUCACUAAUGCUCUUGUGGGUGAAUGGAAGCAAGUCCCUGCAGCAAUGUUCCAACAUCUAGUGGAAAGCCUUUCCAGAAGAGUGGAGGCUGUUAUAGCAGCAAAGGGGGACAUUGCUGGACAUCCUUCUUAAAUGGAAGAGGUUUGGAACCACCAAGACACUUCCUAGAGCUGGCCACACAGCCAAACUGCGCAAUCGGGGGAGAAGGGCCUUGGUCAGGGAGGUGACCAAGAACCUGAUGGUCACGGACAGAGCUGUAGAGUUCCUCUGUGGAGAUGGGAGAACCUUCCAGAAGGACAACCAUCUCUGCAGCACUCCACCAAUUAGACCUUUAUGGUAUAGUGGCCAGACGGAAGCUACUCCUCGGUAAAAGGCACAUGACCGCCCGCUUGGAGUUUGCCAAAAGGCAAAUGAAGGUCUGAUGAAACCAAGAUUGAACUCUUUGGCCUGAAUGCCAAGCAUCACGUCUGGAGGAAAUCUGGCACCAUUCCUACGGUGAAGCAUGAUGGUGGCAGCUUCAUGCUGGGGGGAUGUUUUUCAGCAGCAGGGAUUGGGAGACUAGUCAGGAUCGAGGCAAAGAUGAAUGGAGUAAAGUACAGAGAGAUCCUUGAUGGAAACCUGCUCCAGAGCGCUCGGUUCAGCUUCCAACAGGACAAACGACCCUAAGCACACAGCCAAGACAACGCAGGAGUGGCUUCGGGACAAGUCUCUGAAUGCCAGAGCCCGGCUUGAACCCGAUCUACCAUCUCUGGAGAAACCUGAAAAUAGCUGUGCACCAACACUUCCCAUCCAAGCUGACAGAGCUUGAGAUGAUCUGCAGAGAAGAAUGGGAGAAACUCCCCAAAUACAGGUGUGCCAAGCUUGUAGCGUCAUACCCAAGAAGACUCGAGGCUGUAAUCGCUGCCAAAGGUGCUUCAACAAAGUACUGAGUAAAGGGUCUGAAUAUUUACGUAAAUGUGAUAUUUCCAUUUUUUAUAAAUUAGCAAAAAUGUCUUAAGUAUUGUGUGUAGAUUGAUGAGGGGGAAAAAACUAUUUUAAUUUUAUUUAAUCAAUUUUAGAAUAAGGCUGUAACCCAAUAAAAGGUGGAAAAAGUCAAGGGGUCUGAAUACGAAGGCACUGUAGUAUUCAAUGUGUCAAAGCAAUUAUUUAAAUAUACCUUUUAAAAUGUUGUGGAUGAGUUCUAGAAACUGCAAUAAUGUGGGCCUGGAAUUCGAGAAAGUAAUGAAUAGUUUAAUUAUUAUGUCAUAAGAGGCACUGAAGAACAUAGGAGCCAAAUGUUUGAUUUGGGGGUUUCAGUUUGAAUGCCAGUUCUAGAGUAGAUUCACUGUUGCAGGUGGUGUACAGGCCCAUUGAGAAUGCACAUUUUGACUCUUGGGUCAAAUGGUUUAAGGGUUACAUGUUUGGUGUAGGUCCAUGAUGUGAUAAAAUGUCAACAUUCUCCUGGAAUGGGCUACUGUUCAUUGUAUCACUUUCCUCUGAUACAAUACUCAUCACAUCUCAUACUCCUCUCUAUCUUUCUACUGCUUUGUAUGAUGCCCAAGUCCACAUUGACUGCUAGCCAGUACAUUGAUAACUAUGCUUUUCACUGCUAAAUGACUAAAAUAAAUAAAUAAAUAUGUACCUUGAUUUCAAAUGUUUCCAUUUCCAGAGAAAACCUCUAAAAACAAAAUGCACAGAAACUUGUGCAAUUGUAAAUGCAAGGCUACUCAAGACUAUAGUAUUCAAAGUCAUUAUGAUUGAACUAACUAGCAUAUUUUUUUCUAGUUCUGUUAAAUUUAUAGAACAAAUGUUCAGUCUGGAGUAGCAGGGAAUCAUUUAUGUGGUCAGACAUGUUAAUUCCCUAAACCCUUUGUCCAAUGUUCUUGCAAUUUACAACCUACUUUUCUAACAUGGCAAUAUAUUUUCUCCCCUUUACGUGUAGUAGAUGUAUUGAAUUUUUUGUUUGUUUUUGAAGGUGGUCACAUAGGCUAACCCUAACAGGCUAACAUAUAGAAAAGUGCAUACCAAAGAAGCCAAUAGGGAGAAGGCUGAAUAACACCAAAAGGACUAAUACUGUGUGUUUGUGCUGUCUCAGGUCAUCAUGGCCACCAACCGUAUUGACAUCCUGGACUCUGCCCUGCUCCGGCCCGGCCGCAUCGACAGGAAAAUAGAGUUCCCCCCUCCCAAUGAAGAGGUCAGUACUGUUCCAGCAUGUUUUUUUAGCCCCUCAAAUAUUAUGAUAAAAAAUAUAUAUAUAUGAAUAAUAUACAACUAGUCAAAUCUGCCUUGGGCCGGGAUUCUAUCCGAUCGUGCUUUGUCAGCUAUGCACCUUUUUUAAAGGGAAUGUUUGUAGAAACCUCAUUCACGGUAAACGCUGCAUAUGUCGGCUCAAUCAGAAAUGACCUUUAAAUGUCAAGAGUGCUAUAACGCAGAUUCUUCGCUGAUCUGUAAAAAAUUGAUAGUUACAUAUCGGGAUAUACAUUUUUACGAUAUCUUAUCGUUUUGAAAAUAUUCCAAUAUUAUUUUUACGCUUGUUGGCUGUAGCUGCACCAAAACUCCAGUAUUUUUUCUUCAUGGUUCUCCAUCUUUUUUUAAAUUGAGAGCCAAUUUGUUUUCAGCUAUUUUAUUUCCAUGACUGAUCAAAACUCGUUUCCUCAUGGCUCUCUUGUAUCUCUGUAGCAGACAUAUGGUGAGCAAUAUGUUUGGUACAUUGAGUCGCAAUAAAAUCUGUAUAUAAUCGCAAUACAUAACAUAUCUUCACCUAAGUAUUGUGAUAAUAUCUUAUUGUGAGAUCCCUGGCAUUUCCCAGCCCUAUUAGAAUUUCAUCUGGAAUAAAAAGUGCUGUAUUCUGGUACCAUUGUUUAAAUUUUUUUUUAAAUAAAGGAUUAAUAUAAUUGAAUCUAGUCCAGCAUCCUCAUGCUCUGAAAUGUGUGUAUUUGCGUUGACACAGCUUGCUACUACAGUGUCUUAAUUCUUGCCCCGUCCCAUUUAUUUCUGCUCCUCAGGCCCGUUUGGACAUCCUGAAGAUCCACUCGAGGAAGAUGAACCUGACGCGUGGUAUUAACCUGAGGAAGAUAGCAGAGCUGAUGCCAGGAGCUUCCGGGGCUGAGGUUAAGGUGAGAGACUGAGACACACUGUUUGGAAUGGGGCCAACCAUAUGAAGGCUACCACAGGGCUGAGACAGUUUGGAACGGGGUUCAGUGUAUGAGGGCUGGUAGGGAAGUAUUUUAGCCCCUACCCCUUAGGCCAGUGGUUCUCACUUUUUGACCCGCUACCCCCAAAAAGGAGUGGUUCAAAGCACGAGACACCCCGCACACACGUACACAAUCCCUGCGCCAAUGAAGCCUGUCAUUACAGCCAUAAACGGUGAUGCAUUUUCAAAAUGCAGGACACAGAAAUAAACUGCAUUUUACACCUGCAUUUUGAGCUCAAGGCCAUUCAUGUUACAGUGCAUUCGGAAAGUAUUCAGACCCCUUUACGUUUCACCCUUAUUCUAAAAUGGAUUAACCUCUACGGGAUCGGUGUCCCGUAUACGGGACGGUUGCGCUAAUGUGAUUAGCAUUAAGUAACAGCAAACUUUCCAGGACAUAGACAUGUCUGAUAUGGGCAGAAAGCUUAAAUUCUUGUUAAUCUAACUGCACUGUCCGAUUUACAGUAGCUAUUACAGUGAAAAAAGACCAUGCUAUUGUUUGAGGAGAGUGCACAACAACAAAAAGCUUAUCACAGCAACUGGUUUGAUACAUUCACCUCUGAAGGUAAAUAAUGUACUUACAUUCAGUAAUCUUGCUCUGAUUUGUCAUCCUAAGGGUCUCAGAGAUCAAAUGUAGCAUAGUUUUGUUUGAUAAAAUCCAUUUUUAUAUUCAAAUGUAGGUACUGGGAUCUACAGUUUGAACCCCUGCUGUCUCUGGCUCCACACCCACCCCGCCCGGCCAUCUAGAUGUGUGAAAGUUAGUGUAUAAGCUAAUGAGAAUAAUAUAAUAAUAUGCCAUUUAGCAGAUGCUUUUAUCCAAAGCGAUUUACAGUCAUGUGCGCAUACAUUUUUACGUAUGGGUGGUCCCGGGGAUGAUCCAUCAUGUAUGACAUUCCUGGGAGUGUGUAAACUUACAUUUAGUAUUACCAUAUCAUUUUUGUAUGUUCUCUAUAGUUAUGUACUUAAAUGUGUCAAUUGACUAAUUCGGCACAUUUGGGCAGACUUGAUACAAAAUAGUCCAGUAUUGCAAUGCUUCACUGGAUCAAUCUGAAACUUUGCACACACACAAUUGCGCCUAAACUGCAAUAUUAUAUUGUGGCCUUUCUCUUGCGUUUCAAAGAUGAUGGAACAAAACAUUUUUUAUAUUAUAUUUUACUAGAUGUGUUAUAUUCUCCUACAUUAAUUUCACAUUUCCACAAACUUCAAAGUCUUUCCUUUCAAAUGGUAUCAAGAAUAUGCAUAUCCUUGCUUCAGGUCCUGAGCUACAGGCAGUUAGAUUUGGGUAUGUCAUUUUAGGCGAAAAUUUGAAAAAAGGGUCCGAUCCUUGAGGUUAAAGUACCUCAUAAUAACAAAGCGAAAACAGGUUUUUAGAAAUGUUUGCACAUUUUAUUAAAAUUAAUAAACAUACCUUAUUUACAUAAGUAUUCAGACCAUUUGCAAUGAUAGUCUAAAUUGAGCUCAGGUCCAUCCUGUUUCUAUUGAACAUCCCUGAUGUUUCUACAACUUGAUUGGAGUCCACUUGUGGUAAAUUCAAUUGAUUGGACAUGAUUUGGAAAGGCAAACCCCUGUCUAUAUAAGGUCCCACAGUUGACAGUGCAUGUCAGAGCAACAACCAAGCCAUGAGGUCGAAGGAAUUGUCUGGAGAGCUAUGAAACAGGAUUGUGUCGAGGCACAGAUCUGGGGAAGGGUACCAAAAAAUGUCUGCAGCAUUGAAGGUCCCCAAGAACACAGUGGCCUCCGUCAUUCUUAAAUGGAAGAGGUUUGGUACCACCAAGACUCUUCCUAGAGCUCACCUGAAGCACAGAUUCAAUGUUUUUGAGACUAGAAUUUGGUGCAACACCAUAGGCCUAUGUUAGUAACCAGAUCGAAUUGGCAAAAGGCAUAUCAAAUACAAAUGGAGUAGCCUAUUAUAAUGUGUAUGAAUUCAUUCAGUUUCACACUCGCCACCACUCAAAACCUUCUCCCGGUCCCACGGGGAGUCGGGACCCCCAGUUUGAGAUCCAAUGCCUUAGCAGUUGUGUUGAUCUGUUUUUCACCAUUUUACAUUUUGUUUAGUUCAAUGUAGUGGACACAUGUCCCACAGGGUUUUACAUUUACAGGGUAUGACUGUAGAAUAUCAUGAGAGAAUACCCACUGACUUGAUACUCCCCAAGUUAUAGAAUGGGGCCCACUACAUUAGGGCUAGCAUAUGCACAAGGGCAGAACAUGUAAAACUAGCCUAGGAAUUAGUGACCCUCUUCCUGGAGUGCCUUAGUGCUCGACCACUGUGGGUCUUAAUGACUUUUUCACUGUGGGUCAUUGCCUUAUUUCACCAUGGUAACAACCUGUAUGUGUGUUUCUGUUCCCUCUUGCAUCUCAGGGUGUGUGCACAGAGUCAGGGAUGUACGCCCUCAGGGAGAGGAGAGUGCACGUCAACCAGGAGGACUUUGAGAUGGCUGUUGCCAAGGUUAGUCUUCUGUCCUGUUUAUCUGUCUCACUUACUGUCCAUCACUCUCCAAGAGACCUUUUGUCUCUGUUUUACCUUAUUCCUCUUAUCCCCACAUGCCUAAUAUAUCAAUACUAACUUGUGUUGAUCAGAGAUUAGGUAUACAUUCUUUCUUAAAUCUGUACUGGUCUCAGAUCUGUUUGUUGUCUUUCCAACUACUAUGGUCAUUGUCUUGCCAAAACAGUUUGACAUGACAGCAACUAUAGGAGUUGGCUAUACACAGCUCAAACAGAUUUGGGACCAGACAAACUUACCAUCUGUAUCUUGUCAUUAAAAUGGACAGUCAGACCCUUUUCCCCUGAUUUUGUUGUUUCGUUUUGCUUGUCACUGAUUUUAAUAUAAAAUGAAAUGGUAUUUGUCACAUGCUUCGUAAACAACAGGUGUGGAUUAACAGUGCAAUGCUUACUUAUGGGCCCUUCCCAACAAUGCAAAGAGAAAGAAAAUAGAGAAAUAAUAGGAAAGUAAAAUGCGUAAUAUAAGUAAUAAUAGAUUCACAAUGAGUAACGAUAACUUGGCUAUGUACAAGGGUUAAUAGUACGGAGUCUAUAUGCAGGGGUACGAGGUAAUUGAGGUAGCUACUUUUGUAUAUAUUGUAUGUGAAUUCUGCUAUUUCAGCCACACCUGUUGCUGACAGUUGUAUAAGGUUGAGCACACAGCCAUGCAAUCUCCAUAGACAAACAUUGGCAGUAGAAUGGCCUUACUGAAGAGCUCAGUGACUUUCAAUGUGGCACUGUCAUAGGAUGCCACCUUUCCAACAAGUCAGUUUGUCAAAUUUUUGCCCUGCUAGAGCUUCCCUGGCCAACUGUAAGUGCUGUUAUUGUGAAAUGUAAACGUCUAGGAGCAACAGCGAGGAACUUGAAGCUCUCGACCUGCCCCACUUCAGCCCUGUCGAUGUGAAUGGGGGCGUGCUCGGCCCUCCGUUUCCUGUAGUCAACGAUCAGUUCCUUUUGUCUUGCCGACGUUGAGGGAGAGGUUGUUGUCCUGGCACCGCACUACCAGGUCUCUGACCUCCCUAUAGGCUGUCUCAUCGUUGUCAGUGAUCAGGCCUACCACCAUCGUGUUGUCGGCAAACUUAAUUAUUGUGUUUGAGUCGUGCGCGGCCACGCAGUCAUGGGUGAACAGGGAGUACAGGAGGGGACUGAACACGCACCCCUGGGAAGCCCCCGUGGUGGAUGUGUUGCCUACCCUCACCACCUGGGGGAGUCCCGUCAGGAAGUCCAGGAACCAGUUGCAGAGUGAGGUGGUCAGUCCCAGGGUCCUUAGCUUAGUGAUGAGCUUGAAGGGUGUUAUGGUGUUGAACACUGAGCUGUAAUCAAUGAACAGCAUUCUCAUGUAGUGUUGCUUUUGUCCAAGUAGGAAAGGGCAGUGUGGAGGGCAAUAGGGAUUGCGUCAUCUGUGGAUCUGUUGGGGCAGUAUGCGAAUUGGGGUGUGUCUGGGAUGAUGGUGUGAGAGUAUGGCUCCUUAUAAGGUCAAUUAUCACUGGCUAACGACCCCUAUCCUUUGUGUCUUUCCAGGUGAUGCAGAAGGACAGCGAGAAGAACAUGUCCAUCAAGAAACUCUGGAAGUAGACCUUUGGGAUUUUUUUGACCCCAACGCAGAUAUUUACCCGCAAAGUCACAUAUGUAUAUUUUUCCUCUUUUGUUUAGGGUUGGUUUAUAAUUGUUACCUAAAGUUCAUUCUAAAAUAAAUUGU